CUUUAUUUGAGUUCAUUAUGAAGGAUGAUAAUGGAUCAAAGGUGACACGACUUAUUGUGUUUUCAUUUUGGAUUGUUAUUUUAUUGGGCUUACCAUUUUGGUGGAAGACAACUGAAGUAUAUAGAGCCAAUUUACCUUUUGCAGAAAUAGAUCAUUGGUACAAUAAACAGGCUUGUAAUUUCGUUUUACCAACUCAAUUUACUAUUUACAUUCCCUCAUCUUUUUCUUCUGUAAAUAAUGAACAAUUAAGAACAGACGUUGAAAAUAGAUUAUUAAAUAAAUUGAAAGAUUUGAAGUAUAAGGAUAAUUUUCCUAUCACUGUUAAUGUCAAUACUUGGUCUCAAGAUAAUAUAAAAGAACAUAAAGAGGCACCCAUUGGAAGUUACUUUAUUUAUGUUAAACAAGCGGAUAAAAUUCAGGCACAUAUAGGAAGCAAAAGGUCAAGCCUUUUAAAAAUUAAUACAAUAACGAUAGAUGCAAUUGCAGAAGCAUUAUCUAAAAUUAUUCCAUUAGUAUAUUUUAAUGAAUAUAAUAUUCUCGGAAAUAUUGCCUGUCAUACUGAAAGGAUAAACAAAGAUGAUGUUUCUAAUAUGCGAACACUUAAAUACUCUUCACGUUAUGAAAUAACAUUUAGUUUGAUGAAUAAUAAUCCAGAGAACAUGAGAGUAGAUUGGAAUAUUCGUGAAGCUAUUUACACUUAUCUUACACCUUUCUUAAAGGAAAUAUCUGUUAUGUAUAACUUCACUAUUGAUUCACAGAUUCAAAAUUAUGCACCUUUGUCACUUAAACCUAAUUUUAAAGAAAGAGAAGGCAAACCUAACUAUUAUUAUUUUGAACCUCAUCAUUUACCUCAUUUUGUUAAUUUUGCAGAAUGGAAUUUAGCAUCUACCAUUACUUCUUAUCCAAGUAUUAAUUUUAUAUUAUAUAUGCCUUCAUCAGAAGAAGCUCCUCUUCGUAUUCAUGACUCAAAAGGCCAACCAUUAUUAACUAAUGCCUUCCUUGUUCCUCGUUGGGGAGGUAUAGUCAUCAAAAAUCCUCCAAAGGCUGCAACUGAAGAAUAUUAUUUUACUAAAAAGGAUCUUCAGCCUAUUAUAAAGAUUUUUAUUUCACAAUUAAGAGGAUUAAUUGGAGUUCAUGAUUUGGAAAAUAACUUAAUAGGACAAUUUCCUUCAGAUUAUCAAGUAACAUUUGAAUUGGCAAAAAAUACGGGCAUCACGACACUAGAAAAAGAUAAUUUAAUUAGAAGACGAACACUUGAAAAUGUAGUGAAUACAAUUUCGACACUUAAAUCAUUAGCUCAGUUAGUAGAUGAAAUUCCAAAUAUGGUAGUACAGGAUCACAUCAGUAUCGAAGUACAUCAUUCAUUAGAUGCAUUAGAAGCUGUAAGGAUUGCGUUAGGUAAAGAAAAUUAUUUACAGGCUCUAGAGAGUUCAAUAGAAGCUAUUGAACUUGCUGAAAAGGCUUUCUUCGAUCCUACCAUGGUUUCGAUGCUCUAUUUCCCUGAUGAACAUAAAUAUGCUAUUUAUAUGCCUUUAUUUGUACCCAUUUCAGUUCCUCUCAUUAUGGCAUUACUGAAGGAAAUUAAAAAGAUGAAGCAACAGAUUAAAGAUACAAAGAAAAAAGAAGACUAAUACUGUAUAAUAUUAAAAGAAAAAAGAAAAAAAAAAGGAAGAGGAGUGGGGGGGAAAGAGGGGAGAAUCAUCAUAUAUUAUUAUUAGUGAAUA